CGACAACGACAACAACAGCAACGGAUGAUCAUCCUUCGUCACCCAUUCCUACAUCCACCAAGGAGAAGCUAAUACAAGAAGAAGACGAAGAGGAGCGAUGGAAGCAAUCCUUUUUGAAACAACAAGAAAAGAUACUACAGACAUUACUUUCCAAUCAUCAUCAUAUUAACGAUUAUGAACUGAUGAAACUCCAAAGCCAAGUGCUGCAGCUAAAGAACCAUACGAAUACGACAAUGGAUCAUAUCUUAGAUAUGCAAACGAGCAUCCUGGCCAAAUUGACGCUUAUCCUAAACGACCCUUCCUCUUCUCAACCUCCUAAUGCACCUGCAUCUCCCCUGAUCCCUUCAUCUUUUUCUUCUUCUCCUUUACUGUCGUCAUCGCCACCAGCACUAAAUAAUGAUGAGUCUAUGAUAGAGCAAGAAAAGGCACCAGAUUGGCAAACUAAAUUGGAAUAUGAUCUUGCAAGGUUCAAAUGGAGCUUGAAUCAAUGGUUUGGCAACAUUGUUGGCACAGGCAGCAUAGGAAACAAAGCUUAUAAUAGAUUCGGUUAUACAGAAAACGUGGUAAUUUCAGGCAUAUGUGUCACUACAGAACCUGGAUUACUGCCCAAGAAAUUCAAAAAGUAUUUUUAUUAUAGUAAACCAGACAUCAUUUGCUUAAAAUAUUCAUUUACACUCAAUCGAACCCUUCGACAUUCACCUCAUUUUCGUAUAAGAGAACAAGAAGAAUGGAUACCAGACACAGAUCAAUGUGAAUUUUCAUUUUAUAUGGAUGAUGAAUAUAAAAAUAGACAAGUACAGAAACGAUGCCAAGUAGAGUUUGGGCUAUUUCAAAGAAGACAUCACUGCAGAAGGUAAAAGAAAACAUAAAUAACAUGAUAGUAACACCAGUCUUUAGUUGUGGACAUGUCUUUUGUCACAAACAUAGCAGUAAUCAAAUGGCACUCUUCUUUAACAAGAACGGACAAGAACGUGGUGAAU